CAAGCCUGAACCAGUGAGUUUCUCAGCCCAAAUACAGUCAUCUUAUUUCAAUUCAUUUUAAAAAGAUAAAAUGUGUAAAACUAUUUUCAUUCAUUAUAGGUAAGAGGCUCUGAAUAGGGUACAUAUAUUAAACAUGGAAGAAGAAGAUGACUAUAUGUCUGAGUCUUUUACUAAUGUUCAACAGGACGUCAGGCCAGGAUUGCCAAGGCUGAGGCGUAUGAAAGAAGCGAUUCAAAAAGAAGAAAAGCAAAGGGAAGCUAAUCAGAAAAAUCGACAAAAGAGCCUAAAAGAAGAGGAAAAAGAAAGGCGUGACAGUGUGUUGAAAAGUGCUUUAGGAAAUGAAAACAAAGGCUUUGCUUUGCUCCAAAAGAUGGGGUACAAAAGUGGACAGGCCCUUGGCAAGAGUGGAGAAGGCAUUGUUGAGCCUAUUCCUUUGAACAUUAAAACAGGGAGAGGUGGGCUUGGUCACGAAGAAUUACAAAAACGGAAAGCAGAACAACAGUUAGAGAACUACAGAAGAAAGAUUCAUAUGAAAAAACAAGCAGAUGAACAGGCUGCAGAUCAGUUUAGAAUGAGAUUCAAAAGCAAACAUGAGGAACGCAAGAUAGAAGGGGACCUUAGAAAAAGCCAGCGGGCCUGUCAGCAAUUAGACACACAAAAGGGCAUUGAAGUUCCCAAGGAGAUUUGGUACUGGGUAGAACCCGAGCAAGAAGAAAAGGAUCAAGAGGAGGAAGAAAAGAAUGAAUACAAAGAUUCAGACUUAAGUGUAUUAGAGAAGUUACAAAUCCUGACCACCUAUUUAAGAGAAGAGCAUUUUUAUUGUAUCUGGUGUGGAACAGCCUAUGAGGAGUCAGCAGAUUUAUCAUCAAACUGCCCUGGAAAUAGUUCAGCAGAUCAUGACUAAAAAGAUUGUAAUAAAAGGAACUCUGGAAAAAAACUAUUUUUAAAAUACCUUCAGGGGACAUCAAGAAUUCACACAAGUGCUGAAGGUGGAAUCCAUGUUGAAAGGCUCAGAGCACACACUUUUGAAAGCACAGAAGCAUUUGUAGAGUUUGGAUUUUUUUUUAGUGAAGUUAGUCACUGAACUCACUAUUUAAUAAGAAUUACAAUUAUGCUAAAUAACUUAGGUGCCUAGCCAGGAGUUUUGUAGGGUUCUAACAAAUUAAAAACCCAUUAGUACUAUCACUGCAGUUCCAGACUGGCACCUCAGAGGACAGGCAGCCAACUGUACCAAAUUGUUAUGCAUUAAUUUCUGCACACCUCCACUUGGAGCUACCUAGAUUCUCACUGCUAAAUUGUGUGAUUGUGGACAGAUGGAAGAUUGAAGUAGGCAGAACUUGACCUUAUAACCAACAUCUCAAAGGAUUCCUUUGGGGG